AUGUCGGCCGGAUUCUCCAAGUGCGCCAAAAUCCGCCACAUUGUAAGGCUCCGCCAAAUGCUGCGGCGGUGGAGGAACAAAGCCAGGGUGUCCUCUGCCAGCAGCAGCAAGCAAAUCCCCUCCGACGUCCCUUCCGGCCACAUUGCCGUCUGCGUCGGCUCCAGCUGCCGGAGAUUCGUGGUCCGGGCCACUUACCUGAACCACCCGGUUUUCGUCAAGCUCCUGACCCAAGCCGAAGAAGAGUACGGGUUCUCCAACCAGGGUCCCCUGACCAUCCCCUGCGACGAGUCGGUUUUCGAGGAAGCCAUCCGGUCCAUCUCCCGAUCCGACGGGUCGAACCGGUUGGAGGAUCUCAAGUCGAUGAAUUGCAACCCGAUUCGACGGAAGCCGUCCGAAUUGUGGACCGAGUCCCGGCCUCUGCUCGCCGAGAAACCAACAAUCUGGUGA